AUGAUUAGUUUCCCGAAAACGCCAAAUUCAGUUCGUGUACCAAUAUUCCAAACUGGAUGUUUAAAGGCUGAAUUUGAUUCAACAUAUCCAAUUCAUCUAAAUGGUAUUAUUAGUCAAAAUGAAUUUCAAGAAUCAAUUAAUAAAAUAAAUCGUAGCGUUUCACAGAAAAAAAGCUUACUUAUUCUGGCUAUUGUUUUUUGUUUGAGUACAGUGAGUGGAGUUAUAUUGAUUAUUGUUGGUGCAAUAAAACAUAGCGAAUCUCAUUAUGAUGGAUUUCCUGUAUUAAGUGGUGAAAUAACAAAUAGUAAUUCUCAUAAUGAUAGAUGUUCUGUAUUAAUUGGUGUAGGAAUUGGUUUGGGUAUUAUAGGAAUGAUCUUUUGCGCUUUUGGAUGUUUAAUAACACAAUUUCCACGUGUAGUACGCAUGCGAAAAGUAAUUGCUGAAGAAUCAAUGAAAUAUGCAUCAAGAUCACCAAUACCAUGUAGUUGGAGAUUAGAUACUUCAAGUGUUUGGUCUCAAGGAUAUGGAUAUCCUCGUAAUAAUCGACUUCAUUAUCAUUUAGUGAUUGACAUUGGUCGUUCUGUUGCUCCAGGAAGGGUAUUAUAUCAAUCGAAACCAGUUGCUCCUGAAUCAACAUCGAUUUUUGAACGACAAUAUAACUAUGCACCACCUCUCUAUUUUUCUACGUUAGCAGGAUUUUGUUCUAAUUGUAGUGCACCAAAAAGAGAUUCAUCAGCUACAUUUUGUGCAUCAUGUGGACAGUAA